AUGGCUCCAAAGCAACCCUACGAGGCAGCCCCGCCCUACCAAGAAUACUCGGAAGUCGCACAAGCAGACCAGGAUGACCUGGAAUCACAACCGUCACCAUCCCACCACCACGGAGACACCGAUCCGACAUCCGCUAUUCCUCUGGUUACCUCGGUGAUUACCACGCCCCAUGAGCACUGUGAUGCCUGCGAGCGGAUCAUCGCCCGACGAGAGCAGAGACAGAAUCAGCUACAAUGUUGUGGGAUGGUUGCAAUUGUCUUUGUGAUGCUGUUUAUCUGUUUGACAAUUAUGGGGGCGGUGUUUGCGAGGGUCAAGGCGCAUGAUGAUUGA